ACAUCAGGUCUCAAUCUUGCUGUGUAAUUAUAUUUUCAGACUGGACUAUGUGGAGUUACCAAGUGCUGUACAGAAAGUGGAUCAAAAGGACUGUGAAGAAGAGGUGUCAGCCAAGACGGAGACUGGACCUUUCAACAAGGCAGAUGAGAGGGACCUUGCUAUAGGGUUUGGUGUGGCUACAGUGGCUUUACUUAUCCUUAUAGUUAUUAUUGUGAUCAAUGUGUUCCGACGUGGAAAUGGGUGUAGGAUGUGUUCAUCAAGUCAACCAGGAUACACUUUUGCUAAUGCAUCGGAAAGAGAACACUUGGAUGCCAGUAACACAGCACGCAACGAUUAUGUGGAUGAUGAACUCAAACAUAUAGAACCAAUGUACGAAGAGAUUCACGAUCGUACAAACGCGAAGAAAAAUCUUGAUUUUAAUGAAGAUAUUCAACCGCCCAGCUAUCAAAAUUCACACGGAGAAGAUUGUAGUGAAAUGAAUGGUACUAAAACCUUCCCAACAGAUGGUGUCCAUAGGCGACCAGUCACACCAAGUGCCCCAUACGAGGAGGAACUACAAAAAACAUCUUGUAAAUCUGUGCCAAAUGAAUACAGCGUGUUCGGAGAUAGUGCACAACAAUGUCCACAACUAAGAUCAGGAAAUUGUGAUACCAUUGAGAAAAACUGUGACAAUUCCAUCUCAAGUGAACAUGCAAAUAUCGAGGAAUUAGAUAAAGACAUUACAAAAGACGAAGAUCUAAAAUCAGAGUUAGAGGAUAAAAAUGAACUUACAAAAGACAACAAUGUGUUAAAUGACACUGAACUGCCUUCUAACUCAAGUAAAACAAUAGAUAAUUCAAUGGCUAAUGUAACAGCGGAGUCAGACGAUAUAGUGUCCAAUAAAUCUGUACAUUCCUAUGAAAAUCUCAACAAAACUGGAGGAUCCUCGGUUGAGGAUUAUGAACCUCUGACAUAUGAUGAUCGUGAGGUGUGUUUUAAUACUUCUACUGAUGUGUCAGAUGAUGUUAAAACAUCUGUUAAAAGUUUACGCGAGGAAAAUGCAUGAUCACUUAAUUGCCAGUCAAACUGGUGUAGCCAUGCCAUAUAUAUAUGUAGUGAAUAUAGUAUUGUAAAUACUAAACUUGUUGACAGAGGCAGUGUAAGUGAAUUUAGUGUGUGAAUAUAGUAUGAAGACUUCGCAGAUAGUGUCAAGGUUGAUGGUCGUGGAAGUGUAAGUCCGACAAGGGGACUCAAUUGGCCCUGUUUAAAAUUUGGAUUAUUUACAGGUCAAUUUACAUUGAAAAUUGAUAUACUUUGGACAAUUAUAGUUCAUACAAGAAAUAUAUAUGUUAUAUAUAGAGUUACUUUUUGAAAAAUAAUCAAUAUUAUUUGUUUUUGUUCUUUUUUUUAUAUUUUUGUUCAAAACUGAAAAACAUUUAGUUAGAGAAUUUUUAUAUUUAAUUGUUCCUUUCCUUAAAAACUAUUGAAGUUGCAUAUGAUUUAAUGAAAAGUAAACUAAAUAUUAUAAUUCUGUAUUAAGAUGACAAUUUAUCUAAAGUGGCUUGAUUUUCAUAAUAUCAAUCAAAUUUAUAUAUAAAAAUAUAUACAGUUUUAGAAACUCAAAUUCAAAGUGUGGUGGUGUGGCCGAGUGGUCAACAUGUUGAACUAGUAAUCUAGGGAUUGCUGACCAGAUAUGGGUUCAAACCAAGUAAGGGGCAAGCCAUUGUUUCCUUGAGCAAGAAACUUUACAUUCAUUGCUUAAUACUGGUUGGUUCCAGGAACGGAUUCGAGGGGUGUUUUAAUAAGCUUAAAACUUCCAGCACAAUCUUACUAAAAUAAAUUUGUAUAAAAUAAACUAAAGGGUACCCAUCACAGCCAUGUUUCUCUGAUGUAUUAGUACUAAAACUGGUUUACUUCUUACUGCCUGAAACAUACUUGCUAUUAAUUCAAAUUAUGCUCAGAGCUUUCAUCUCAAAUUAUUUAUAAAAAAAACCCAUAAUAGUAACUUUAUUCUACUAUCUAUUUUAUAAUGCCUUUAUAUACAGAGCAAAACAAUAUUGCCUUGUCCAAUAUUAUACCAUUUGCUAUAAACCAUGUAUAGGCAGGCCUGUUAAAAUAUUUAAAGUAUUGAUCCCAUAGUUUCGUGACAAUAAAGUUUUAUGUUGUAUUGGCUAUACAUAAUUCAAAUGCAUUUGCAAAAAACACACAAAAAGAUGAUAUUGAUUAACUGUAACAUGAGGCCUUUGUCUGUUUUAUCCCACAUUAUUUCUCUGUUCUGUUAGUCAGUAGGAAAUAAUAACUUUGAAAAAGGCGCUUUUCUCUAUAAUACAUUGGAAUUUCAAAUCAAGGCAUAGAUCUGUAUAAAGGGGAUUUUAUCAUUUGUACCUUUAAUCUGAUGUAAUAUUGUAUGUCCCGACCCCUCCCCAA